GCAACACUGGUUGGCAUCGAUGUUUUACCAUCUCUAGCGUCACUUUUUUGAAAAAAACAAGUUAAUUUUGGAAAGAGAUCUAGUAAGCAAUUUGAACAGUGCAAUAUGUAUAACAAUCUGGACCUGAACGCCCUGAGUGUGGAUGACAUUGUGGAGGAGUACAAACUGCUGCACGAUCGUCAUCAGCAAUUGAAGGUUCAGAGCGACCAGGAUGCGCAAAGGAUUUACGAGCUCAAAAGGAAUCUGGACACCGCUUUGGCUGCAGAAGCGUAUUUAACGCAGGAACUGGAGCAACUGAGUAGCCAGCCGGUGGCCAGCAAGUCGGGAGCGGAUUCCCAGGAACUGGAGGAGCUGCGUCGCAAGUACAAGUCGCUGAAGGAGGAACAGGACAUCCUGCAGCAGGACUACGACUCCAAAGUGGAGGAGUCCUCAAAACUACAGGAUAAACUGGCUGCCUUUGAAAAGCAAUUGGCGGAUAAGUCGGCAACCAGGUCAACGGAUACCCACGAGGAUUGUUUGGCCCGUUUGAAUGCCCUGGAACUGGAAAACAGCGAACUGAUGCAGAAACUCUCGGAAUAUGAGGACUCCCAGGUCACCAACACCCUGGUUGUGGCCGAAAAAGAGAAAACCAUUGAAUGCCUCGAAGAUCGCGUGAGUUGCAUGGAGCAGAAUCUCAAUUGCAAACGAGACGAACUGGAGGAGAAGCUACAAUUGCUGGAGAGCUGCCAGGAGCAGCUGGUGGACGCCAAUGCCAAGAUAGCUCUGCUCACUUCUGCCCCCAAAGACAAUGAUCGCAAGGGCAACUCGUUGUUCGCCGAGGUGGACGAUCAAAGGCAGGUGAUGAAGCAGCUAUUGGCGGCCCAGAAGAAGAGCUACCUGGACAUGAAGAAGACCUUCACGGACAGCCAGUUCGAGAUCAGACGGCUGAAGCGGGAGAACGUGGCCAUGCACACCGAGUUGCAGGCCUGCAGCACCAUCUUCUGCAGUGCGGAUAAAACCUACCAGAACAAACUGAACGAGCGCAUUCGACAGCUAAUGGCUGCCAAUGACAGUCUGGAGAAGCAGCUAAAUCUCUCCCAGGAGCGGAUGCGCCAGCUGGCCAGCGAGAAGUCGGUCACUUGGCUGGACUCGAUGCUGGAUUUCUGCAAACGCGAAACGGACGAGCUGAAGGCGCAGCUGCACAGCAUGCGCAUCCAGAAGGCUGGACUCGAGGAGCGAAUGCGAUCCGUGCAGCAGGAAAUGGCACGCUGGCGCUUUGAGUCCCUCAAAUCACGCUGUGUGCUCAUUGAUCGCGAAAAUCUGCUAACGGAGCACAAGAUCGCUUUCAAACCCAUGCAGGCCAUGGAGUUUGACAUCAGGGAGGCGGAACUCAAGGCAGCUUUGCCACGAAUCGUCAGUGUGGCUACAUCAUCGCCCUCUCCAGCUGCUCAAUUAACUGCAAUGAAGACUUCUUUGAUAACUGCCACGGAAAACACAUCCACAACUCUGCCCAUUAAAGCAGAGGAAAAGGAACCUAUUGAAGAGGCAGUAAAAGUGAAAAAAGAGUCACAAGAUUAUGGUGUAGAACCCUUUAUUAACAGCACACCCGUUAAAGCAACAAUGGGUUUUAAAAUAAAAAGAGUAGUCAACUCAAAAGUGGUUGAGAAAGUCCAACUAAAUAUUAAAGAGGAGGCCCCACUAAAUACGGAAUUGGAAAAUUUAGAAUUUAUUCCGAAGCCUAUUCAAAAAUUCGAAAACUAUAAAGAGAGCCCUCAAAAGGAAAUGAACCAAAAUGAAGCCGAAGAAGAGGAUGUUAAAACUACGAACACCCCAGCCAAACCUUUGAUGAAAGGCACGCCAGUUAAGAACCUUUUGGGUGGCAUAAAAGUGAAGUCCAAUGAAGAGUUGCUGGGCACAGGAAAGUCCAAAGCGGAGACACCUGCCAAACCUUUGCGCAAGGGAACUCCUGUAAAGUUUAUUAAACUAGAAGCCGAAACCCAAGAUAGCAGCGAAGAGUCCUUCAAGGAGACAUCUCCCAUUGGAGUAAGCAAAAUCGAAGCAAUUGAAAUCCUUGACAGUCCCACGCCACAAAAACCACAACGUAAGGGAACUCCAGUGCGGAUUGUGGCCAUCAAAGAUACCACCAAUACCAGCAAUGUGCGCUCUAUCCUGAGCAAAAAACGCCAAGUUUUUGCCGAAGAUUCGCAAAAGGCGGUCAAGUUUAGUGCGAGCGAUCCCAUUGUCCACAACUUAAGUCCUGCCGAGAGAUUGCUCAAUGAGGAGGUCGCCAAGGAAAAUGAAAAGCCAUUGGAAACUGAAACUGAAGAAAACAAGGACAUUAAGCCCGUAAUUAAAAGACCAAAUAUCAUACGGCGUAUUGUAGUAAGCUCAAUGAAACCCACGAUGAAAUGAUUUCUUCUUGUUUUCUAAAGAAGUCUAGACGUAGCCAAUCUUAACCAUUAGUAGCCAAGCAAGGCAGAGCAAUUAAGUUUACAAAUAGAGACAAAUAUAAUAAUGUAAA